AACAUCAGGAUAGGGAAGAAAAGGAGCAGAAGAAGCAAGAGGACUGGUGGAUUAGAAUUUGUGAAAAGAUAACUGUAGAGAAAAAUUUCCCGAAUGAUGAGAUCAUUGGAAUGUAUCUGUGUGACAAUCAUGGAAAGUUUACUGAAGCUGGCCCCUCACUAUUAUGGGAUCACCCAAAUACUGAUAUGAUAGUUGAUUUCUUGGUUUUCCAUCAGCACUGGGAGCCAUCUUACAUUCGUCAGCGGAUGCUUCCCAUGCUAUCAACUAUAUAUUUGAGAGAAAUGGCCACAAAUCCAACGAAAAUCUUAUUGUAUGGGCAAUAUGAAUUUCAUUCUAUUCAGCGUGUGAAGAUGAGAUAUGGACAUCAAUUUUUUGUAGUCAAGUGGAAGAAAGCCACAUCAGCAGCAGGCAGUCUCAUGUGUACUGUUCCUGUUGAAGGGUAUGGUCUGCAGCAAGAACAGUUUGUAGAAGCCAGUGAACCCAUUGAUUUGCUUGAUGAGUCCAUUGAACCCCAGAUUCACGUUGACAAUGGCUGUUGGUUCUUGUUGACAGAUGAAGCUAUGGAUCUCGUUCAUUCAACUUUUCCGGAAGAAACUGCCAGAUUUUUACAGGAAAAGGAACUGAAAAAAUCGAAAAGAAAAAAGACUCCAACAUUGGGAUCUGCUGAGUCCAGUGAGAAGUCUAAAACACCAAAACCAAGAGGCAUCCAGCUUAGUAUUACUGAAUUUUAUCGCUCAACCAAAGGACAAUCUCAGGAAAAAUCAGGAGGAGACUUAUCUGAGACUUCUGUUAAUCUGGGUGAUGGAUCAUCAAAAGGAAAGAGGAAAGUUUCAAGUCCUAACCUUUCUAAGACCGUAAGACGUCGCCUUUUGUUUGGCUAGGAUAGUUGGAGCUUUUGAAUCUUUUGUCACUGCAAAGUUAAUAAUGUGUUUGAAUUGAGGGGAUGAGGGGAUGGGAAAUGAUAUGAAGGGAUUUUCCUCCAAUUGAAUUAAGGUUUGGUCCCCCUUCCAUCGUUUAAUUAGAGGAAAAUAUUCCUUUUCUUUCCUUUCCUUUCCUUUCCUUUCCCCUAUUUAGCUUAUCAUCUAAUGUUAUGUUUGCUUCUGGACAUGUAAUUGUCCAUAAGUUGCUCAUAAGCUGCAGGCAUUUUGUGAUUAGCUUUUAGUGUUUAGGUUUAUCUGUUUUCUAAUUGAUAGCAUAACUAUGUCUAUCUUCUAUUUGAAGCAAUAUAAUUUCAGUAUCUCU